UUCUCCGUCAACUAUGGGUCCUUUCCCAUGGACGUUCCUGGUCUUGGGGUAUCUGCUGUCAGGUCUGCGACGCGGAGCCUUCCAGUCCCCGGUUCCCGCCAUGACGCCGAACGAGGAGGAGCUGGUGUUGCCCCUGAACAGGUCAUUCUCCCUGUGGUGCACCGGGGACAGCGAGAUCAGCUGGCGGUUCCCCACGCUGGAUGACGAGAGCUCCGGCGUGGCCAUCCGCGUUGAGAAGAACAACUGCAGCAACUUCCUGUCCAUGCUGGAGGUGGCCAACGCCUCGGCCGUGCACACAGGCCUCUACACCUGUUACUACAAUGACACGCAGGCCCAGGGGACCGGGAUCAUAGGCCGGAAUAUCUACGUCUACGUGCCUGACCCUGACGUCACCUUUGUGCCCUCCGUCAUGGUCGACCGCUUCAUCGUCGUGGAGGAAGGCAAUUCCACCGUGAUCCCCUGUCGCCCCACCGACCCGCAGGCGCAGGUGACCCUGCACGCCAGCGAUGGCAAGGAGGUCUCUGCCACCUACGACCGACGCAGAGGCUUCCUGGGUCACUUCGCCACGGGGUCCUACACGUGUGAGACGACCAUCCGUGGCAGGAAGUUCCGGACCCCCGAGUUUAACGUCCACACCUUGCGAGUCUCCCAGGAGAUCGUCUUGGAGAUGGAGGCCCCGAAGACGGUAUACAAGACAGGCGAAACCAUCGUGGUCACCUGUUCCGUCCUGGACAUCGAGCUGGUCGAUUUCCAGUGGAACUACCCGGGGGAGGCGAGGGACAAGGGAGUCGUCAAGAUGGACAAGAUUACGGUCCCGUCCGUCAAGCUGGUGUUCACCCUCACGGUCCCCAAUGCCACGGCCAAGGACCGCGGCAGUUACGAGUGUGCCGUCGGCCACGUCACCAGGGAGGUGCAGCAGACGAAGAAGGUCACCAUCGCCGUCCUAGAGAAAGGCUUCGUCUGGCUCCAGCCUGUCUCCGACCCGGUGGAGGCCGUGAACCUGCACGCGAUCUGGCAUUUUGACGUGGACCUGGAGGCCUACCCCCCGCCCAGGGUGUCCUGGCUGAAGAACAACGAGUCGCUCACCAAGAACAUGACUGGGAUCUCCACUAGCCUGCAGAAGACCCAUGAGUACAGGUAUCAGAGCAGGCUGAAGCUGAUCCGUGCAAAGGAGGAAGACAGAGGGCACUACACAAUUGUGGUGCAAAAUGAGGAUGAUAUUGCGAGCUACACUUUUGAGCUGCAGGUUCACGUGCCGGCCUCCAUCUUGGAUCUGGUGGACGACCCCCACGGCUCGGAGGGUCGCCAGACCGUCCGCUGUGUCGCCGAAGGGAUCCCGCUGCCCGACAUCGACUGGCUGGUUUGCGCGGACGUUAAAAUGUGCAAAAAUGAGACCUUGUGGACCCUCCUGGCCACCAACACAUCCGACAUCACCAUGGUGACCCACAGGGGCGACCGGGACACGAUUGAGAGUCAGGUGACCUUCCAGCAGGUGGAGGAGACCCUGUUGGUUCGCUGCCUGGCCAAGAACCACCUCGGGGCCGUGACAUGGGAGCUGAAGCUCAAGGCCCCCGUCCUGUGCAUUGAGGUGAACCUGGUUGCUGCCGUCCUGGUGCCCCUGGUUGUGAUCGUCUCCUUCAUCAUGAUGGUCAUCAGGUGGAAACAGAGGCCGCGCUCUGUGAUCCGAUGGAGGUACGUGGAGUCCAUGAGCCGGAACCGCCGCGAGUCGUUCUGCAUGGAACCGGUGCUGCUCCCCUACGACUCGCGCUGGGAGGUUCCGAAGGACCAGCUUGCCCUGUCGCCCACAGGUCGACUCCUUGGGUCCGGAGCAUUUGGACAGGUGGUUGAAGGCACUGCAAACGGACUGAGCAAGUCCCAGCCCAAGAUGAAGGUGGCUGUGAAAAUAUUAGGAUCCACGUCUCGAUACAGCGAGAGGCAGGCCCUCUUGGUGGAGCUGGACAUCAUGAUGCAUCUGGGCCCCCAUCUGAACGUUGCCAACCUCCUGGGAGCCUGCACCCAAUCAGGACCCAUCUACAUCAUCAUGGAGUACUGCCUCUACGGCGAUCUGGGCGACUACCUGCGCAAGAACCGCAAUAGGUUCCUGGCUGUCCACUCGGAGAAGACGGAGGAAGAGCUGGACACCUUGAGCCCCGACGACAAGAGCACCAUUAAUUACACCUGUCUCACAUCUGAAAAAAAACGGGACGACGCGGACGUGACGCAGGAGGUCGGCACGCAGAACGUGUCCAAGUUGGAGAGGAAAGAAUCGUCCGAGCAUGUGGACUUGCAUAAAUGCCUGUGCCCCGACAAGAAGUCCAUAUCGGGACCACUGGCAAAACCUGAAGUCCUGGACCUCCUGUCAGAUGACGGUUCGGAAGGCUUUGGCGUGCUGGAACUGCUGAGCUUUUCCUACCAGGUGUCCCGCGGGAUGGAGUUCUUGGCUUCGAGAAACUGCAUCCAUCGGGACCUGGCCGCACGGAACGUCCUGCUGACCCGAGGGAAGAUCGUGAAGAUCGGCGACUUUGGGCUGGCGAGGAAUCUCAAGCAAAACUCCAGCUACAUGGCUAAGAGCUGCAUGCUCCUGCCCGUAAAGUGGAUGGCCCCGGAGAGCAUCUUCGACAACGUGUACUACAGGCAGAGUGAUGUCUGGUCUUAUGGGGUCCUGCUGUGGGAGAUCUUCUCUCUUGGGCGCACACCCUACCCGGGCAUAACGGUCAACGCCACAUUUUAUGAGAAGAUCAAGAGCGGCUAUCGAAUGCCCAAGCCGGAACACGCCACCAGCGAGGUAUAUGACAUCAUGCUCAAGUGCUGGAACAAGGAACCCGAGAAGAGACCAUCCUUCUACGAGCUGAGCGAGACAGUGGAGACCAUGCUGCCCAGCCACUACAAGGAGAGGUACGAGAAAAUCCAACAGGACUUCCUGAAGAGUGACCACUCGGCCGUGGCCCCGACAAGAGGUGAGAGGGUCAAGCCACACGUGGGUGACACCUGUGAGAACGAGGAGUGGGAGGACAGCUUGGACAGGUGGAGACUCAGCUGCGCCGACAGUGACUACGUCAACCCCCUAUUGGACUCCGACACCAGUGAGGAGGACGACCUCAGCAAGAGUAACGGGUACAGGCAGUGGAAUUCCCGAGCUCUGGCUAAGUCACCUCGGGCGAGCCAUCUGCUGGGUACUGCGCUUUGCACAUGGUAAGCACUCAAAAAAAACCCCAUUGUUUAAUUGACCCCGGUAACUGGGGAAGAGCGGGGGAGGUAUUCCUACCCGAUUGGUUGGGAUUGGCCCUUUAUAGGGUCUGGACUUCAGAUAACUGCCAGCCUCCCCUCCCUCUCCCCUAGGCUCUGUACUAGAAGCCUGCUGUAUGCAGAGCACUGU